AUGUGUUAUGUAUGGGAAGGCAAUAUAGAGAAGUGUCAACACUGUUCAGAAACCGAUUUCCAAACAGUGCUCCGAAUGUUUUGGAACAUAGAGCCUGCCAGGCGAACUCACCAACUGGUCGCUCGCACAACCCAACAUUCCUUCAAUCAAGACGCACCGUCAUCCUCGAGACAAGACGCUCAUGUGGAUUUGCACAGAGAUCUGGCCGCCGGAACUCUACGUGAGCAUGCUCAUAAACUGUCGUAUCAGGUCGGACCCUCUUCCUCAAGAUAUGAUGCUGGAAUCGAAGUUUCCAGCCAGUAUAAGCGGCAGAAAUUGAGCGGAAAUCAGACCUCUUUCGCAAGACACGACACUAGCAUCAAUGGGCGGCAAGAAAGGCACCCGGACCAACACCCUUCCUCGAUACACAACGCUCGUGUUCAUGGGCCGCCUCAAAGUGGGCAGCAAGCAAAGCACGCGGUCCAAGCAUAUUCAAGACACAGCGCUCGUACUGCUGGCACGGUACCGAGUGGGCAGCAAGGAAGCAGCCAAAGCCAACCCUCCUGCUUGAGACUGGACGCUCGCAUGGAUGGCGCAGCUCGAAGGGGACAACAAGCAAAGGACCAAGACCCAUCAUCUUCCUCCAUACACGAUACUCUCAGUGACUGGACAAAUGGGCGUGGGUGGAAGGAAAGCCACCAAGACCCACCGUAUUCAUCGAGGCACCACACCACCACAGACCUGACAGGCGAGGACGAGCAUCAAGGGCCGAGCCAAAAGCUUUCUCAGAACCAUCACCGCGUUGAAGACAUGGAGGUGUUGACAGCGGGGAUGAACAAAUUACCCCCUCCAUGCUGGGGAGACGAAAGGGUCAUUCUCCCCCUCGCCCAAGAGCAGUUGAGGGAAGAAGAUUUUCACAGACGCCAAGAGCAGGAAAUGGAUGACAUCUGGGGUAUGUAUGCAAAAGAAAGAGAAGCGCUGGCGGCUGUCCACACCCCCGAACCGGAGAAACAUUGGACACCUGUGUUUGAGGAGCCGGGGAUUUUGGAGCGCAAAACUCCUCUAUGGGACGAGGUUUGGGCACACUCUGUGCUAGAAGGAGAGGCUUGGAUGCGUAAUUUAUUGGGCGAAAACGAAACUUGGCCGCAAGACCCACCAGCAGAAGCAGACAUAUGGACGCGUGAAGAAGGUGGGAUGUUGAGUGCGGCCGUUUUGAAACGACUUUUGCGUGUAUUCACUAUUCAGGCGGCACAGGAAGAAGAACGAUUUCAAGAUUCACUGAAGGACGAAGGACCUCAAAUAUCAGACGAAAGCGACACGGUCUCUUCCAUAUUGCGAAACCCAGAAGGGGAUGAGGUUACACUGAAUUUUAGCGAGGAUUUCACAAGCGCGGUGACCCAUAUCACCCCAGCUAUGGGCCAUAUCGUUGUCGGCGGUGCCACUGCAGAAUUCCCGUCAUUACAUCAUGCCUUUUCCGUUGGAGACGUUCUCAUCAAGCGAGACUGCCGACUACUGCAAUCAUUGGCUGCUAACGUCCGCAGAGUCAAUGUAUUUAGCACAACAGAGACAAAAGGAGCAGUCAGCUACUGUGAGAUUCCAUCUCGAAACGAGGACCUCCGACACAAUACCGACUGGGCGAGGUAUGCGAGAUAUCCAAUGUCCCGUAGACCGUGA